CAAAGGAAAGUGAUAUGAAGGGACAGCUGCAAGCCAGCCACAAUCUAGAUCUGAGAAGAUUAAGCAUUCACUUCACUUGGAAGAAAGAGAAGGAAGGAAGCCGAGGGCUUAGCAGGUCCCAAGAUAUCAGUGGACAGGCCAUGGCUCCACGGUCUCGGCGACGAAGGCACAAGAAACCCCCCUCAUCGGUGACUCCCAUGGUUGUGACCCCACCCACAGUUGUGACGCCUCUGCCUCUGAGCCUCUCAAAACCUGGCCCUAGCAUUGAUGCACUUGGCUUCUUCUCCUUGGAGAAUAACGUUCCUGGCCUAUCCCAGCUGAUCCUUCAAAAGCUGAAUAUGAAAAGCUAUGAAGAAUACAAGUUGGUGGUAGAUGGGGGUACUCCUGUGUCAGGCUUUGGAUUUCGAUGCCCUCAAGAAAUGUUCCAGAAGAUGGAGGACACAUUCCGAUUCUGUGCUCACUGUAGAGCACUCCCUAGUGGCCUCUCAGACUCCAAGGUCCUCCGGCAGUGCAAGAGGUGCAGAAAUGUCUAUUACUGUGGUCCAGAGUGCCAGAGGUCAGACCGGCCAGCACACAAGAGGGUUUGUCAAGAGCUGCGUCUUGUAGCUGUGGAUCGUCCAUCAGGUAAGAGUCAUUGGUUCAAGGGAAUACUGGGUGGCUUCUCUGGGAAUUUCACUGGAGGUGAGCAAGGUGAGAAGUGGGGUGGACACAAUCAAAGAAUUAUCUUGCUUAUAGUCUACCUAAGCCUUUACCCUCUCUAUUCCCAUUUCCAUUUUUGUUCUGUAGGUUUCCAUGCUUCCCUGGACUUGAUGGAGGCUUGGCUGCCCACCCUCCUGCUACUUCGUGAUUAUGAGAUCCCUACAUUGAUUACUGUUUACAGCCAUCAGGAGUUGGCAGCCUCUUUGCAGAUUCUAGUGGAUCUGGAUACACACAUCACUGCCUAUGGAGCUAACCCUUUUGCGUCCCUCAAACCUGAACAGGUCUAUUCCAACCCCAACAAGCAGCCAGUAUACUGCAGUGCCUACUGUAUCAUGUUUCUUGGAAGCUCCUGCCAGCUGGAUAAAAGGCAAUUGGAAGAGAAAGUAGAUGGUGGGGUUUAAAUAGCUUAGCCAGAUCCUGACUGGAUGUCUAGAAAAUGGGGAGGUUGUGACAAAACUACCCUGCUGAUGCCAGGUUGUUUGCCAACUUUGAAACCUGCUAUAUUCUAAACCUCAUUUGCUUGUCCAGGUAAAGAUUCUAAGCUCAAUGGGAGCUCCUGUAUUAUGUGACUCAUUUGUAAGAGGUUAGCCACAAGUAGGUUCUAGAGACAGGAUUCUAGAUUUAUUGCAUGGCAAGAGGCCCUGGUGUCAGUCUUUCCGGAGCCUAGAGUUCUGACAAUUUCCUUUGUGAGAAAGUUAUACCCUUUGACUUGAACAAGAUGGCACUGAGGAGAAGAAUGGCACCUUAUUCUGAAAAAGACUGUCUCCUUAUCCAGCAAUUUGGGUUAAAAAAUGAAGUGUUAAUAACUUGAAGUGGUGCAGGAAUGGGCAAGUCAGAGAAAUGGUUGGGAUCAGGGGAGAGGUUGUGACGAUUCGCACACUGUUCUAUUUCCUAGCUUUUUCAAGAUAAAUGUCUCAAUUUCCUAUUU